ACGCUCUGGUCUCGGACGGGCGGGACCGGGUGAGAGCCCGGUGGCCGAGGAGGAGUGCGGACAGUUAAAGAGGGAGAAGCAGAGCCACGGCAGCGCGGGCGCCAGGGAUCAGGAGCGGGAGCGCUUUCCAGAACGUGGGGCUGCUGGAUGUGACAGGGAGCUGGCCGAGCAGUGAAACGCCACCCUGGUCCAAGAAUCGACAGCGAAAUGGCCCGAGAAGCCAGUCUGCACGCCCUGCCGGAGCCGGAGCGGGAGGCCAUCCUCCGGGUGCUGCACCGGGACCGGGCGGUGCAGAGCAUCGAGGAGGAGAGGGUCCGGAAACUGAAGGCGCACCUGCAGCGCCUGCGCUGGAAAGGCGGGCAGAGCGCGGGCCGGGGGCCCCCGGAGAAGGCGUGCGCCCGCUGCCGGAGCGCGCUGGGGCUGCUGCUGAACCGGGGCGCCGUGUGCCAGGGCUGCAGCCACUGCGUGUGCUCCGCGUGCCGCGUGUUCCUGAGCAGCACCCGCCUCUGGAGGUGCACCGUGUGCUACGAGGGCAGAAACGUGAGGAUCAAAACCGGAGAAUGGUUCUUUGAGGAACGGGCCAAGAAAUUUCCAACGGAAGGCAGAUGCGAGACCGCCGGAGCUAAGCUCUUGCAAUCUUAUCAGAGGCUGAGCAACAUUUCCGUGGUUCCGCCCACCCCACCUCCGCUCAGUGAAAGCUGGUGCAGCGGCAGCCCUGGCCGGUUGCAGGAACUUGGUCAGUGUAGAGGAUUUAAUAAGUCGGUGGAAAAUUUGUUCCUGUCUGUUACCACCCACAUGAAAAAACUCUCCAAGUCCCAGAAUGACAUGACCUCGGACAAACAGCUCCUCAGCACGGGCCCCAGGCCGGGCGCUAGCCGGACGGAGAGGCGAAGCCAGAGUGACACCGCCAUCAACGCCACCAGCAGGAAGGUCAGCGCCCCCGAUAUCCUGAUGCCUCUCAGCCAGGAGAGUCCCAAGCUCUCCCCUAACCCUGUUUCAAAGCAAGAAGGUCUCUCAGCUCACCCAGCGCCCAGCACGUUAUUCUCAGGAGGCUCGAGGCGGGGAAGUUUAAUUAGCAUUAAUAGCACCUGCACGGAGACUGGCAAUUUUGACAACGCUGCUGUCACUGGAGAAAUAGAAUUUGCCAUCCGCUAUUGCUUCGAAACCCGUUCUUUGGAAAUAUGCAUCCAGGCCUGCAGGAACCUUGCUUACGGAGAGGAGAGGAAGAAGAAGUGCAACCCGUACGUGAAGACCUACCUGCUGCCCGACAGGUCGGCCCAGGGCAAGCGCAAGACGGGAGUCCAGAGGAACACGGUGGACCCAACCUUCCAGGAGACCUUGAAGUACCAGGUGGAGCUGGCCCAGCUGGUGACCCGGCGGCUGCAGGUGUCGGUGUGGCACGUGGGCACGCUCGCCCGGAGGGUGUUCCUGGGAGAGGUGAUCGUUCCUCUGGCCACGUGGGACUUCGGAGACAGCACCACGCAGUCCUUCCGCUGGCACCCGCUGCGGGCCAGGUGACGGCUGGUGGGACUGGGCCUCCCACCGGGAGCGCUUUUCCGAGGGACCAAGAAGAGAAAGCCCCCCACACCCCGGGCCCGGUGACUGUGCUGGACCAGGCUUUGGAUGGCAGCUUCCGCCCGGCCCGGAGCUCCGGGGGGCGGGGGGGGGGGGUCCCAGUGCGCCCAGGUGGCAGGUUUGCUUCCCAGUCAGCGCACAGGCAGGUCUCCGCCCGUGAACGCACAGUAAGUGGAGCAGCAGUCCCCUCCGUCUUUCUCCCAAAUCAAUACGUUCAGAGUGAAAUAAACAGCAGCUUUC